AUGGCGGUAUGCAGCAGCUGGGGUACAGCCAUCCUGCUCGCGCUGGCAACGUUGAUCACUCCUGCCGUCGAGGCGGGACCCGAUGUCCGCGGGGUGACGCCAGAUCUCCUCCCCAGGUACAGCAUCCCCUCGGAUGCCGAUUUCGAGUGUCUGGAUGGGCGAGGCAGUGUGCCCGCCUCACGGAUCAAUGACGAAUACUGCGACUGCACGGACGGCAGUGACGAGCCUGGCACCUCCGCCUGCCCGGGGGGGUCCUUCUACUGUGCCAAUGUGGGCUUCGAGCCCAGGACACUCAAGGCCGCAUUGGUGGAUGACGGAGUCUGUGACUGCUGCGACGGCUCCGACGAGCCGGUAGGCUCCUGCGCAAACACCUGCCAAGCCCGCGGCCUGGCCAGGAAGGCCGAGCUGGCUGAGCGCUUGCACGCGGCGCGAGCCGGGCUGCAGCGCCGGGCGCAGUACGUGCAGGAGGCCGCAUCCAAGCUGACCGGCUGGAAGGCCGAGCUGGCGCGUCUUCGGGACGAUCUGUCGCGCCAGGAGGCUGAGCAAAAUGCGGCAGACGCCCUGAGGGACUCCCUUCAGGCCAAGGAGGAUGAGCUGAAGGCUGCCGCGGAGGCUGCCGAGAAGGCGCCUGCCUCAGGAGGGGACACCAACAAGGAGGAUCAGGGAAGCACCGGGACCCCCGACGCCGACCAGGCUGCUCCAGAGGCCAUCUCUGCCGAUGAAGUGGUGGCGGCGGACCAAGUCCAUGAACAUGUGCUGCUGCCGGAGGAGGUAAGGAUCGAGGUCCUGGCCCAGCUGAAGGCCGACUUGGACGCAGCCAAGUCCCCCCUCUCCCACGCGCGCACCGCGGCGUCGGCCGCGGCGACGGCCGCGCGGGAGACCAAGAAGGCCAUCGCCGAGCUGGAGACCAAGCUGGAGAACACCGGGAAGGGCGCCUAUGGCGAGGACAGCGCCUGGGCGGCGCUGGACGGCCGCUGCUUCUCGGCGCAGGUGGACAAGUACACCUACGAGCUCUGCCCCUUUGGCGCCGCCAAGCAGGUGGAGGGCAGCGGCGGCGGCACAAACCUGGGCCGCUGGGAGGGCCUCCUGGACGACGGGGCGCGCCUCGCUUUCCAGCGCGGCCAGCAGUGCUGGAACGGGCCGGCGCGCAGCCUGCAGGCGACGACGCUCUGCGGCCCGACCGAGCGCCUGUUUGACGUCAGCGAGCCCUCCCGCUGCGAAUACGCCGCCAGGUUCGAGACCCCCGCGGCCUGCCGCGCCGCCGACGUCGCCGCCCUAGAGCGCGAGCUGGCACGGUAUGGGGGGGCGCCAGUGCAUGAAGAGCUCUGA